GUUAUUUGGAUUGUCGACAGAUCAUCAGCAAAUUCAACUACUACUUCUCUACGCACUUCAAAUCCCGCAGGCUCAGCUCAGCUUGGUCAAUUCAUCAGUUCAUUAGUCUCCGCUGAACUGUUGCACCUUGAACUCGACCGUUCAUUUACACACGCCUUCAACCCCGCCCUCACAUAGAGCAAAUUGAGCCUAUCACCCGUCACCAUGUCGGAUCCUACAUACACAAUCUACAGCUAUUUCCGCUCUUCUUGCUCUGCCCGACUCCGAAUGGUGUUGAACCUCAAGGGCAUAGAGUAUGAGCUAAUACCAGUCAACCUCCUCAAAAACGAGCACCUCACCAGCGAGCACAAGGCGCGCAACCCAACAGCUACUGUGCCUUUACUCAUUCGCACUGCGGGUGAUGGGAGUGUCUUCAAAAUCGGCCAAUCGGUGGCCGCUAUCGAAUUCUUGGAGGAAACACACCCCCAAGGCCAUCACAUCUUGCCGCCCGCAUCGAAUCCUGAAGCGAGGGCAGCCACACGUGCUCUGGCUGGCAUCAUCGCCUGCGAUCUGCAGCCAGUCACAAACAUGAAGAUCAUGAAGCGGCUUAGGGCAAUGGGGGCCAACGCAGAGCAAUGGAACAAGGAGAUUAUGACGGAAAUCCUCGAGGCCUAUGAAAGCGCUGUCAAGGAUUGGGCCGGCGAGUACUCUGUGGGCGAUGAGAUAACCUUGGCAGAUGUUUGUCUGCUGCCGGCUGUGUGGAAUGCUCAGAGAUACGGCGUUGAUCUCGACCAAUUCCCAAUCAUUACCAGGAUUAGCGAAAAGCUAGGACAGCAUCCGGCUAUCAUUAAGGCGCAUUGGCAGAAUCAGCCUGAUACCCCCGAGGAGUUGCGAGCAAAAUGAUUCCCACAAAACGGGCCAUUGUUUGCUUCUGCCUUCUCGUCUGGGUGGCAUCUCCGGUUUAGAAGGCAUCGAGUCGGGUUGAAUGAAAUGCCGGCGGUGGUAUAGAACUGCAGUUGACUUCAGGGUUUCCGGCGCACUCGAGAGAUAUACCCAUGUGUGGUUUGCUGGUCGAUGUAACCCGCCCACGCGAUAUUCAGAUUAACAAGAUGGGGUAGAGUAGUUUACUUGUAGUGUACGGAGGACUGAAUAGAUAUUCCCGAGCUGAAAAUGACGCCGGACGGAAACUUUCUUUCGACCGCUGUUACAAUGAAAUGGAUAAUACCAAUAUGUAACGCACGUGGGCAUUUGCCGCCAUGUCACCCUAGUAUCUGAC